AUGAACGGCUACGGCUCCCCGUACCUCUACAUGGGCGGCCCGGUGUCGCAGCCGCCGCGGGCUCCGCUGCAGCGGACGCCCAAGUGCGCCCGGUGCCGCAACCACGGCGUGCUGUCCUGGCUGAAGGGCCACAAGCGCUACUGCCGCUUCAAGGACUGCACCUGCGAGAAGUGCAUCCUCAUCAUCGAACGGCAGCGGGUGAUGGCCGCGCAGGUGGCGCUGCGCCGGCAGCAGGCCAACGAGAGCCUGGAGAGCCUCCUCCCGGACUCCCUGCGCGCCCUCCCGGGGCCGCCGGGCAGCGCCGAGCCCCCCGCCCCGCCGCCGGGGCCGCCGCCCUGUGCCGCGCCGCCGCGGCCCCCCGCCGAGCUGGCCGCCGCCGCCGCCCUGCGCUGGGCCGCCGAGCCGCCCCCCGCGCUCCCGGGGCCGCUCCCCAAGGCAGACAUGAAUGAGGAGCGGUUGGGUGAUGCCAGUGGAGCAGACAAUGCUGAGACCUACAGUGACAAAGACACAGACCAAAGGAGUUCCCCAGACAUGACUAAAGCCAAAAGUUGCUUCACCCCUGAAAGCCCUGAAAUUGUUUCAGUGGAUGAGGUCGGUUAUGCAGUUCAGAAAAAUGGUGGGAACACAGAGAGCCGUCCAGAAAGCCCCAAGUACCACCCAGAGCAGAACCACCUCCUGAUAGAAGGUCCUUCCGGGACAGUUUCUUUACCUUUCAGUUUGAAAGCCAACAGACCUCCGCUUGAAGUCUUGAAAAAGAUCUUCCCUAACCAAAAGCCAACUGUGCUGGAGCUGAUCCUGAAGGGGUGCGGCGGUGAUCUGGUGAGUGCUGUAGAGGUUCUCCUGUCCAGCCGGUCUUCGGUGGCCAGUGGGGAGAGAACUUCUGCAGAAUCCGAUGGUCUUGUUUUGCCUUCCAAUGGGCACAUUUUUGAACACACGCUGAGUUCGUACCCUAUUUCCUCUUCCAAGUGGUCCGUGGGCUCAGCAUUUAGGGUUCCUGACACGCUGAGGUUCUCAGCUGAUUCCAGUAAUGUCGUUCCAAAUCCUCUGGCUGUACCUUUGCAGCACCCUUUCCCUCAGCCACCACGCUACCCGCUGAUGCUGAGGAACACUUUGGCAAGAAACCAGUCCAGUCCAUUCCUGCCCAACGACGUCACCCUGUGGAACACCAUGACGCUGCAGCAGCAGUACCAGCUGCGGUCCCAGUAUGUCAGUCCUUUCUCCAGCAACUCAGCCAGUGUUUUCCGAAGCUCGCCUGUCCUUCCUUCCCGCUCGUCAGAAGAUCCUAGGAUCUCAAUCCCUGACGAUGGGUGUCCUAUUGUGUCUAAGCAACCGAUUUACACAGAAGAUGAGUAUGAUGAAAGGUCUGAUUCUUCAGACUCAAGAAUACUCAACACAUCUUCUUAG